AUGGAUUCCGCACGGGAGACGAGGGACUUACCACAGCAUAAUGGAUGGCAGAGGGUUGUUCUAUUGGCUGCACUACAGGAUAUGAGAACCGCAAAUGAGGCCGAGCUGAGUUUACCGAAAAUGAAAGUCUCAAGAGAUUCGCUGAGCGACAAAGGUUUUUGUGAUGAGGAAGGAGAUGCCCAAGGCUUCACGGAGAGGUGGCGGAGGAGCGGUAGCAAAGACAAGUCUGGCACCAGGCCCUGGUGGCAAAUGAUUUUCCGAAAAUCAGCGAGAAAACUGUCCAGUCGAGACGCGCUACGCAGUGUGGGUCAGACAAAGACACGCCGCGCACUCUUGGACGCUCGUUACACCGGAACCAUCAAGAAAAAGCACACCGCCAAGAUAGGCUUGAUAAAGGACUCAAGAAUUCCAGCUGAAUUCAUCAGCAUAGAAAAGUAUGCAGACCAAGUAAGGAGAAUAACAGUCGUCCAAGUCGUCGAGCCGGUUUCCAAGAUUAGGGAAAAAACCAAGCUGUACACUAUUGGUGGUCUACGCCAACCACGCAGACGCACGCGUGGUUUGAAUGAAGAAAUUUCAAAUCCCGAUUCGGACUCACCUCCCUUCGUACCACGAGUUACCUAAUUCGACGGGUAUCGUGUUCUAUCUGAACUUCUGUCAUGUCGAUGUUCAACCUUCCUUAUCGACCGUACCAAGCUAGAAUAGCCAAGAACAUUGUUGCCGAUACUCGUAGAUACCCUUGAUCAAGCCGUGUUCAACCGCAGUACUAGUGGCUCAGGGAGCCUACACCAGCCGAUGACCGUCUGAGUCUGAUGCUGUACUACCUUAUCGAUUCUCCUCUUGGCUUUGCUUACGCCGGAUGCGGAGAGGCGUAUCUUUUUUC